UUCCAGUUCCAGGUUUAACAUAGUUAAUAAAAAAUUUGUUAUAAUGGCGGAUAAUCGUAAAGUUAUUCCGCCUGCAGUGAAGUUUUUGUUUGGGGGUUCUGCAGGAAUGGGAGCCACGCUGUUUGUCCAGCCACUAGAUCUGGUGAAGAAUCGCCUGCAAUUAAGUGGUGUUGGUGGGCAAGAAAAACUUUACAAAAACAGCUUUGAUGCGAUUAGCAAAAUAUUGAGAAAUGAAGGGAUAAUUGGAAUAUAUACAGGAUUAUCUGCUGGGUUGUUACGGCAAGCAACAUACACAACCACCAGACUCGGUGUAUACACAAUCCUGCUUGAUAAGUUCUCUGACAAAGAUGGUAAUCCUCCAAAUUUCUUCAAGAAAGCAGCAUUAGGAAUGACAGCAGGAGCUUGUGGGGCAUUUGUCGGUACUCCUGCUGAAGUUUCGCUAAUCCGGAUGACAGCGGAUGGAAGACUUCCUCCAGAACAACAAAGAGGGUACACGAGUGUGUUUAAUGCACUGUCAAGGAUGGUCCAAGAGGAAGGAAUACUCACUUUAUGGAGGGGUUGUAUUCCCACAAUGGGUCGAGCUGUUGUUGUAAACGCUGCACAACUUGCUUCAUAUUCUCAAGCCAAGCAGAUGCUGCUUUCAACAGAUUAUUUCCAUGACAAUAUUUUUUGUCACUUUGUUGCGAGUAUGAUCAGUGGAUUGAUCACAACAGCUGCUUCAAUGCCUGUGGACAUUGCCAAAACCAGGAUACAGAAUAUGAAAACGAUCAAUGGGGUUCCUGAAUACAAAGGUGCUAUUGAUGUUCUUGGCAAAGUGGUUCGAAACGAAGGAUUCUUCUGCUUGUGGAAAGGCUUUACACCAUACUAUUUCCGCCUGGGACCUCACACUGUUCUAACUUUUAUUUUCCUCGAGCAGAUGAACAGCUCUUACAAGCGGACGUUCAUGUCCUAACAUUCUCCUUGUGAUAAAUUAUCAUUUUUAGGAAAACUUUAUCGGGGUUUUUGUUAAAGAUAUUUUAAUGGCUGUUUUUGUUUUGUUUAUGUCUUAAAACUAUUUAAACGCAAGAAAUCAUCAUGUCAUCCCAAACACAGUAAUUUUAUUAAUUAAAAUAUCAGCAAGUGCAGUAGUUAUCAGCUUUUACAUGUUUUUGCAUUUAUUGGACUGUUUGUCGUUUAAAUGUUCUUCGCUGGUGCUGGUACAUAAGAACACCAGGUGCACGAUAUGUGUAUUGAAAUGUUAGCGCUUGUUUUUGUGGAUUUGCCGGAAUAUACAAUAGUUUAAA